UUCAUUGUUUUCCCCCGGUUGUUUCUUGCCGCUGCACGCAAUCGAUAAAACAAUAUUCCGAUAAUUUAGGUUCCUUUGCUGACCUCGACCUGCCCGCAGCCGGGUCGCAGUAAUGGCGUCCUCGUCGAACGUUGGCAGUGGCAAUUUGGUGGACGAACUCGAGGAAGCAUUUCAGUCGUGUAUUCACGCGCUAACGAAGGAAGAAUCGGCCACUGGAAUCGACAAGGAUGAAAUCAAGGUAGAGGUGGAUCAAACCACGCUCAAGUUCAUCGAUCUCGCCCGGCAGAUGGAAGCGUUCUUUCUGCAGAAGCGGUUUCUGCUUUCCGCCCUCAAACCGGAUCUGCUGCUGAAGGAGGAAAACUUCGACCUAAAGCAAGAAAUCGGCCGAAAGGACGAGCUGAUACGCAAGCAUUACGAGAAGAUUGAGUCCUGGAAGCAGCUGCUCUCGGAUCAGCAGAACUUUAACAAACCGAUCCAAUCGAUGCCGCCGGACAUGCGUGGCAAUCUGGCCGGUGGUGCACCCGGUGGUGGCCCUGCCGGGAUGAUGGCAAGCGGCGGCAUGAACCUGCCCAUGCAGAUGCAGAGCCAGCAUCAGCAGCAGCAAAUGCAGCAGAUGCAGGUGCAGCAGCAACAGAUGCAACAGCAAAUGCAGCAAUCGAUGCCGAUGGGCGCCUCCAAUGCGCAAAUGUUUCAGCAGGGUGGCAUCCCGCGGGGCGUCGGACAGGCGGGUGGGGGCCCCGGUUUCCCCCCGGGCGCUGGUCCGAAUCUUCAGGGCCCGCUGGCUUACUUGGAGAAAACGGCUAGCAAUAUAGAUCUAGUGGGCCUGGGAGACGGUCGAAGGUGACGCGGGCGGGGCAGGGGACGCGGUAGAGGUCGAGGCCGUGGAAGAGGCCGUGGACGAGGUAGCGUGUCCGAGUUUCACAGCGGCUCACUCACCUGAGACUGGCGCGAGCGGUGGCGCUUCGUGCCCUCCCCUCCCCUCUCACGCUCUGAGUUCGAUUGCUUCUUCGUCUACCGUUUCGUUGUAUGGUUAAGGCCCUCGACAGACAUCAACCGUUGGCGAUAACACAGCUAGGAAAGAAGUUAAGGCAUCAAAGAAAGUACAGCAACAGUGCAGCAGUAUUUAGCAGCGAAAACAAAAACAAAAUCAAAAAGGUUUCCCCUUACAAAUUACAGCAACUACUAGGCAAAUCAGCAAACCGUACUUCUACGGGUAAACGCGUUCGUCGGUAAAAAAAAGCAGAGAGCCAGACCACGUGUAACACCCAACGAGCUCACCCGCAAACCUACCAGCACGUUUGGCAUACACCCACCAGCAAACAUUCCUCGUUGAUCACUUGCGCCAAAAUUGUCCCUCUUUGUUAUCUCCAUCGCUCCCCGGUCCCUGUAAUUAUGGUGUACAAAAAUCAAAACUAACACACAUACUAAACGGUGCUUUUCCCCCGGCGCUUUCACGUGCCACAGAGGACAGCGCCCUUUUUCUUCCGUUUUCUUAAGUAUAAAACAUGUAUAGGAAAAAGACUAUUAUCAGCAAAAGAAGAUAAUAUAGCGAUCGUGCCUUGGCAUUUGCAAUGAUCGUAUGUAAAAUGUGUGCUCGCUUUCUAAUCGAUCUGUUUCUUUCCCCCCCCUUCCUCGCGCAAUCGGACGGAUCGCUCGCGUCGUGUUGACAGAUUUCCUUAAAACACGAUUGUUUCCUUUUAACCUUCAUUCAACUUUCCCCCAAAUUAUUCGAAUGUAGUGUUUCGUUCUGUUUCCCCGUUUUUUGGUCCACCCGUUCCGGAGUCUUUAUGACGAUCCUCGGGGUGUAGAUCGCAAGAGAUGCGCUGCGAAAUGGAAAAUAGAACCAACGGGUUUCACUGCUUCCUAAAACCCUUAGCACGAACAAGAACAUGGAACAAGACAAAAUAAUAAAGGAGUCGGAAAUGA